CUCGCCCCGUCUCGCGCCGCGCCGGCCGCUCUCCGGGCGCUGCGGUGUGGCUCAUCUCUCAUCUCGGCGCCCGGGGCGCAACUGCAGAGGACGUUCACCUGCAGAGCUGGCCGCCACUGCCGGUCGCCGCGGCGGCUGCAGUCGGGUCGCGCCGCGCUGCCGGUCGCCGGCAGGGUCAUGUCGCGUCGUCUGCGGGAGGCCGUCGGUGCCGUGACCCGGCGCGCUGGGCGGCCGCUGGCCCUCGCGCUGGUGGUGGGCUGUGUGGUAUUUGUCGUUCAGCGGCGCGGAGGUGAACCGGGUCAGGUGCAUCAGUUCAGGUGUUCGUCGCUCCUGCACCCGCUGUCGCUGCAGCCGGUGGCCGAGCGCUGGUACAGGCCCGGUCGUCACACGGUGGCCGGCGCGCGCCGGUGUCUGCGCAGACAGGGCGUCUCCCGCGUGCUGUUCAUCGGCCACUCACGGCUCAGGCAGGUGUUUGAGCGCAUGUCGGCGCACCUGAGGUUGCCGCCAGUGACCCGGCUCGACGCUCGCCGGGCGGCACUCUCCGCGGCCACCUUCCGUGACCUCCCGCUGCAGCCCGGGUGGGUCCACUUCGCCACGGCCAACUCCACGUGUCUCGAGGUGUGGCCCAAGCCGAACGCGGACGGCUACGACGGCCCGCCGCGCGCGUGGUGCUCGCUGGCCGCCGCCGCGCCGGGGCUCACACUCGAGUUCCGCUGGCGUUUCGCGCUCAAAGGGUUCCUCUCGACUCUGGCGGAGCUGAGCAGCGCCUGCGCGUCGGCCGGCGACUGCGUGGACGUGCUGCUGCUGACUCAGGGGCUGCACUACCUGGUGUCGGGCAGCUUCAGCUCCACCUCCGCCGUGUACGCCGAGACGCUGCGGCGCGCCGCGGCCCUGCUGAAGCCGAUGACUGCGCGCGGCACACGGGUCGUCUGGAUGCUGGAGCAGCCGUCUAACACACGAAACAAGCACGACGCGGAGGGGAUGAACGACGACAUGGCUGUAUUGGCACCGCUGGCGCGCGAGUCGCUCCUCGAACUGGACGGCAGGGGUGUCUGGGUGUGGUCCUCGCACCUGAAGAUCGUCACGGACUUUCUGAUGCGGUCGUGCCGGGCGAAAAUGUACGAGACGCCCGCUGACGAGAAGGUCUGUGACGACGAGAUCUACCAUGUAAACAACGCGAGCCUGGACCGUAUGUCGGACGAGGUGAUGGAUUUCAUGUGCGGGUGCUGAGUGUGAACCGAAUCGGCGGAAUCGGUCUUCUCCUGCUACACCUGCUCUCUGUUCAUUGAUACGGCGUGACAUGCCAUUGAAGCCAGCGGGUAUUUCGAAACUCAGGGUAUUUUAAGCCUGUUAGGUGUUGAUACACCAUAGAGAAUAGGGGUAGGGAUUUCCUACAGGCUGUCCGUGCCGACAUUCGACCUCAGUAGCUCAGUGCCUGUGUAGUGCCGCCGAAUCGCCGAACCGACCAAUAGCGAGUGCCCAGAUCGAAUUUGACUGUGUGUCUGUGGGAUGAAUAGGAAGCAUAGACCAUGGGAAGCUCAAGGGCUCUCGAGAUAUUCACCAAAAACUUCAGCGGUUGCAUCCCCCGUGCUGGCAAGGUUUGCUUGUUUGUGGCCCACGCAGAAGAAUAGACGCAACUUAUACGUUAUGUCAAGAGAGACGGGAGCAUCGCACAGACGCAAAGCUCUGUUGCAUCCGUAUUUAUGUAUGUAUUAUGUAAAAAUGAUUGCAUCACUUCGAA